CAGGGUUAGGGUUUUAGGCUCAGGGCCAGGGCCCAGGGUUAGGGUUUUAGGCUCAGGGCCAGGGCCCAGGGUUAGGGUUUUAGGGUCAGGGCCAGGGCCCAGGGUUAGGGUUUUAGGGUCAGGGCCAGGGCCCAGGGUUAGGGUUUUAGGCUCAGGGCCAGGGCCCAGGGUUAGGGUUUUAGGUUCGGGGCCAGGGCCCAGGGUUAGGGUUUUAGGGUUAGGGCCAGGGCCCAGGGUUAGGGUUUUAGGAUCAGUGCCAGGGCCCAGGGUUAGGGUUUUAGGGUCAGGUCCAGGGCCCAGGGUUAGGGUUUUAGGGUUAGGGCCACUGCCCACGGUUAGGGUUGUAGCGUCAGGGCCUGGGCCCAGGGUUAGGGUUUUAGGGUCAGGGCCAGGGCCCAGGGUUAGGGUUUUAGGUUCAGGGCCAGGGCCCAGGGUUAGGGUUUUAGGGUCAGGGCCUGGGCCCAGGGUUAGGUUUUUAAGGUCAGGGCCCAGGGUUAGGUUUUUAGGGUCAGGGCCCAGGGUUAGGGUUUUAGGGUCAGGACCCAGGGUUAGGGUUUUAGGGUCAUGGCCCAGGGUUAGGGUUUUAGGGUCAGGGCCCAGGGUUAGGGUGAUUUCCAGAAAGUGACCUCACAGUGACUCAAGCUACCACUUACUGUUGAUUGUGAUGAAAUGCCAGCUGAGGUAUAUGCCUUGGGGGCUAAGUGGUUGCUGCCCUUGACUACUAUGAAGACUGGUGUGGGAAGGGUCGCUUUGGAUGCACUUGAGCAGGGGUCCCCAACCCCUGAGCCAUGGAGCCGUAAGGAGCCACACAGCAGGUGAGUGGUGUCGAGUGAGGGAGUGAGGGAAGCUUCGUCUGUAUUUACAGCCACUCCCCUUUGCUCACAUUCCCGCCUGAGCUCCACCUUCUCAGAUGAGCAGCAGCAUUAGAUUCUCAUAGGAGAACGCACCCUGUUGUGAACCGUGCAUGUGAGGGAUCUAGGUUGCGCUGUUCUUAUGAGAAUCUAAUACCUAUUGAUCUGUCACUUUCUCCCAUCACGCUCAGGUGGGACCAUCCAGUUUCAGGAAAACAAGCUUAACACGCCCACUGAUUCUACAUUAUGGUGAGUUCUAUAAUUAUUUUAUUAUAUAUUCCAGUGUAAUAAUGGAAAUGAAGUGCCUAAUAAACGUAAAUGUGCUUAAAUCUUCUGGCCCAGCUCCUACCUCCCGGCAGCCUCGCCAGGCCCAGAACUCUCUCCAGUCAGCCUCUACAGGUGAAGCUCAUGACUCACAAUGGCCUAUUGAGGCCCAUACCCUACCUCACGGCAGUCUCCGCAGAUGAGCCUACUGCCUCACAACAGCCUCCACAGGCACAGCUCCAUCGUUCCAAUGGCCUCUUUAGACCCAGCUCCUGCCUCCCAGCCUUCUCUCCAGGCCCUGAACUUUCUCCGUAAGUUGAGGUAGCUGGGACUGUAGGUAUCCAUGACGAUACUUGGCUAAUCUUUAAAUUGUUUUGCAGACAUGGGGUCUCACUUUGUUGGCCAGGCUGGUGUCAAACUAAUGGCCUCAAGUGACCGUUCCACCCCUGCCUCCCAUCCUCGAGGUAUGUGCCACCACAAGGGGCACUUGUUCAAUUUUCUAAAGAAAAAAUUUCUAAAGUAAGGCUGUGGGAUGAUGGCAGGAAGAUAAAAGAAAAACAGAAGAAUAAGUUAAAAUGACUUAUUCACACAUAUUCUUUUGACAGCAAGAAGAACUUUUAGUAUAUACAUUCCUUACAAACAAACAAACGGCAGAUAAACAAUGUUGUAUAGGAACUUCAACACACACUGUACAAUAUUCCCACUUUGCUGACAUAAGUUAUGGAAAUUUUGUGGUUUCCUUGAGUGUCGCUAGCAGUAUUUUGCUUCUCUGAUGAUUUUUAUCAACUUCCUCAUCUGUUAACUUCUCUCCAAAGUAUGUCAUGUCACGACAUACUGCCGCUGCACGAACACGGCCAGUGUCUUCCUAUUAAACAUGUAGAAUGCUUUCCUAAUUUCUCUUUUUACUCUCUGUCUUUGUGUUCUGCAUUUUCCUUACUUUUAUUGUCAGAAACUCCAGAAAGUCAAUCGUACUAAUUUAUCACGAUUUGCUUUAUUAAUUUAUACUAUGCUUAUAUGGAAUUUUGCCCAACAGACCUCAUUACAAUUUGGGCCAGGGCCCAGGGUUAGGGUUGUUUCAGGGUCAGGGCCAGGGCCCAGUGUUAGGGUUGUUUUAGGGUCAGGGCCAGGGCCCAGGGCUAGGGGUGUUUUAGGGUCAGGGCCAGGGCCCAAAGUUAGGGUUGUUUUAGGGUCAGGGCCCAGGGUUAGGGUUUUAGGCUCAGGGCCAUGGCCCAGGGUUAGGGUUUUAGGCUCAGGGCCAGGGCCCAGGGUUAGGGUUUUAGGGUCAGGGCCAGGGCCCAGGGUUAGGGUUUUAGGGUCAGGGCCAGGGGCCAGGGUUAGGGUUUUAGGGUCAGGGCCAGGACCCAGGGUUAGGGUUUUAGGUUCGGGGCCAGGGCCCAGGGUUCGGGUUUUAGAGUCAGGGCCAGGGCCCAGGGUUAGGGUUUUAGGCUCAGGGCCAGGGCCCAGGGUUAGGGUUUUAGGAUCAGUGCCAGGGCCCAGGGUUAGGGUUUUAGGGUCAGGUCCAGGGCCCAGGGUUAGGGUUUUAGGGUUAGGGCCACUGCCCACGGUUAGGGUUUUAGGGUCAGGGCCUGGGCCCAGGGUUAGGGUUUUAGGGUCAGGGCCAGGGCCCAGGGUUAGGGUUUUAGGUUCAGGGCCAGGGCCCAGGGUUAGGGUUUUAGGGUCAGGGCCUGGGCCCAGGGUUAGGUUUUUAGGGUCAGGGCCCAGGGUUAGAGUUUCAGGGUCAGGACCCAGGGUUAGGGUUUUAGGGUCAUGGCCCAGGGUUAGGGUUUUAGGGUCAGGGCCCAGGGUUAGGGUGAUUUCCAGGAAGUGACCUCACAGUGAGUCAAGCUACCACUUACUGUUGAUUGUGAUGAAAUGCCAGCUGAGGCACAUGCCUUGGGGGCUAAGUGGUUGCUGCCCUUGACUACUAUGAGGACUGGUGUGGGAAGGGUCGCUUUGGAUGCACUUGAGCAGGGGUCCCCAACCCCUGAGCCAUGGAGCCGUAAGGAGCCACACAGCAGGUGAGUGGUGUCGAGUGAGGGAGUGAGGGAAGCUUCGUCUGUAUUUACAGCCACUCCCCUUUGCUCACAUUCCCGCCUGAGCUCCACCUUCUCAGAUGAGCAGCAGCAUUAGAUUCUCAUAGGAGAACGCACCCUGUUGUGAACCGUGCAUGUGAGGGAUCUAGGUUGCGCUGUUCUUAUGAGAAUCUAAUACCUAUUGAUCUGUCACUUUCUCCCAUCACGCUCAGGUGGGACCAUCCAGUUUCAGGAAAACAAGCUUAACACGCCCACUGAUUCUACAUUAUGGUGAGUUCUAUAAUUAUUUUAUUAUAUAUUCCAGUGUAAUAAUGGAAAUGAAGUGCCUAAUAAACGUAAAUGUGCUUAAAUCUUCUGGCCCAGCUCCUACCUCCCGGCAGCCUCGCCAGGCCCAGAACUCUCUCCAGUCAGCCUCUACAGGUGAAGCUCAUGACUCACAAUGGCCUAUUGAGGCCCAUACCCUACCUCACGGCAGUCUCCGCAGAUGAGCCUACUGCCUCACAACAGCCUCCACAGGCACAGCUCCAUCGUUCCAAUGGCCUCUUUAGACCCAGCUCCUGCCUCCCAGCCUUCUCUCCAGGCCCUGAACUUUCUCCGUAAGUUGAGGUAGCUGGGACUGUAGGUAUCCAUGACGAUACUUGGCUAAUCUUUAAAUUGUUUUGCAGACAUGGGGUCUCACUUUGUUGGCCAGGCUGGUGUCAAACUAAUGGCCUCAAGUGACCGUUCCACCCCUGCCUCCCAUCCUCGAGGUAUGUGCCACCACAAGGGGCACUUGUUCAAUUUUCUAAAGAAAAAAUUUCUAAAGUAAGGCUGUGGGAUGAUGGCAGGAAGAUAAAAGAAAAACAGAAGAAUAAGUUAAAAUGACUUAUUCACACAUAUUCUUUUGACAGCAAGAAGAACUUUUAGUAUAUACAUUCCUUACAAACAAACAAACGGCAGAUAAACAAUGUUGUAUAGGAACUUCAACACACACUGUACAAUAUUCCCACUUUGCUGACAUAAGUUAUGGAAAUUUCGUGGUUUCCUUGAGUGCCGCUAGCAGUAUUUUGCUUCUCUGAUGAUUUUUAUCAACUUCCUCAUCUGUUAACUUCUCUCCAAAGUAUGUCAUGUCACGACAUACUGCCGCUGCACGAACACGGCCAGUGUCUUCCUAUUAAACAUGUAGAAUGCUUUCCUAAUUUCUCUUUUUACUCUCUGUCUUUGUGUUCUGCAUUUUCCUUACUUUUAUUGUCAGAAACUCCAGAAAGUCAAUCGUACUAAUUUAUCACGAUUUGCUUUAUUAAUUUAUACUAUGCUUAUAUGGAAUUUUGCCCAACAGACCUCAUUACAAUUUGGGCCAGGGCCCAGGGUUAGGGUUGUUUCAGGGUCAGGGCCAGGGCCCAGUGUUAGGGUUGUUUUAGGGUCAGGGCCAGGGCCCAGGGCUAGGGGUGUUUUAGGGUCAGGGCCAGGGCCCAAAGUUAGGGUUGUUUUAGGGUCAGGGCCCAGGGUUAGGGUUUUAGGCUCAGGGCCAUGGCCCAGGGUUAGGGUUUUAGGCUCAGGGCCAGGGCCCAGGGUUAGGGUUUUAGGGUCAGGGCCAGGGCCCAGGGUUAGGGUUUUAGGGUCAGGGCCAGGGCCCAGGGUUAGGGUUUUAGGGUCAGGGCCAGGGCCCAGGGUUAGGGUUUUAGGUUCGGGGCCAGGGCCCAGGGUUCGGGUUUUAGAGUCAGGGCCAGGGCCCAGGGUUAGGGUUUUAGGCUCAGGGCCAGGGCCCAGGGUUAGGGUUUUAGGAUCAGUGCCAGGGCCCAGGGUUAGGGUUUUAGGGUCAGGUCCAGGGCCCAGGGUUAGGGUUUUAGGGUCAGGGCCAGGGCCCAGGGUUAGGGUUUUAGGGUCAGGGCCAGGGCCCAGGGUUAGGGUUUUAGGCUCAGGGCCAGGGCCCACGGUUAGGGUUUUAGGCUCGGUGCCAGGGCCAAGGGUUAGGGUUUUAGGGUCAGAGCCACGGCCCAGGGUUAGGGUUUUAGGGUCAGGGCCUGGGCCCAGGGUUAGGUUUUUAGGGUCAGGGCCCAGGGUUAGGGUUUUAGGGUCAGAGCCCAGGGUUAGGGUUUUAGGGUCAGGACCCAGGGUUAGGGUUUUAGGGUCAUGGCCCAGGGUUAGGGUUUUAGGGUCAGGGCCCUGGGUUAGGGUGAUUUCCAGGAAGUGACCUCACAGUGACUCAAGCUACCACUUACUGUUGAUUGUGAUGAAAUGCCAGCUGAGGCACAUGCCUUGGGGGCUAAGUGGUUGCUGCCCUUGACUACUAUGAAGACUGGUGUGGGAAGGGUCGCUUUGGAUGCACUUGAGCGGGGGUCCCCAACCCCUGAGCCAUGGAGCCGUAAGGAGCCACACAGCAGGUGAGUGGUGUCGAGUGAGGGAGUGAGGGAAGCUUCGUCUGUAUUUACAGCCACUCCCCUUUGCUCACAUUCCCGCCUGAGCUCCACCUUCUCAGAUGAGCAGCAGCAUUAGAUUCUCAUAGGAGAACGCACCCUGUUGUGAACCGUGCAUGUGAGGGAUCUAGGUUGCGCUGUUCUUAUGAGAAUCUAAUACCUAUUGAUCUGUCACUUUCUCCCAUCACGCUCAGGUGGGACCAUCCAGUUUCAGGAAAACAAGCUUAACACGCCCACUGAUUCUACAUUAUGCUCCUACCUCCCGGCAGCCUCGCCAGGCCCAGAACUCUCUCCAGUCAGCCUCUACAGACCAAGCUCAUGACUCACAAUGGCCUAUUUAGGCCCAUACCCUACCUCACGGCAGUCUCCACAGAUGAGCCUACUGCCUCACAACAGCCUCCACAGGCACAGCUCCAUCGUUACAAUGGCCUCUUUAGACCCAGCUCCUGCCUCCCAGCCUUCUCUCCAGGCCCUGAACUUUCUCCGUAAGUUGAGGUAGCUGGGACUGUAGGUAUACAUGACGAUACUUGGCUAAUCUUUAAAUUGUUUUGCAGACAUGGGGUCUCACUUUGUUGGCCAGGCUGGUGUCAAACUAAUGGCCUCAAGUGACCCUUCCACCCCUGCCUCCCAUCCUCGAGGUAUGUGCCACCACAAGGGGCACUUGUUCAAUUUUCUAAAGAAAAAAUUUCUAAAGUAAGGCUGUGGGAUGAUGGCAGGAAGAUAAAAGAAAAACAGAAGAAUAAGUUAAAAUGACUUAUUCACACAUAUUCUUUUGACAGCAAGAAGAACUUUUAGUAUAUACAUUCCUUACAAACAAACAAACGGCAGAUAAACAAUGUUGUAUAGGAACUUCAACACACACUGUACAAUAUUCCCACUUUGCUGACAUAAGUUAUGGAAAUUUCGUGGUUUCCUUGAGUGUCGCUAGCAGUAUUUUGCUUCUCUGAUGAUUUUUAUCAACUUCCUCAUCUGUUAACUUCUCUCCAAAGUAUGUCAUGUCACGACAUACUGCCGCUGCACGAACACGGGCAGUGUCUUCCUAUUAAACAUGUAGAAUGCUUUCCUAACUUCUCUUUUUACUCUCUGUCUUUGUGUUCUGCAUUUUCCUUACUUUUAUUGUCAGAAACUCCAGAAAGUCAAUCGUACUAAUUUAUCACGAUUUGCUUUAUUAAUUUAUACUAUGCUUAUAUGGAAUUUUGCCCAACAGACCUCAUUACAAUUUGGGCCAGGGCCCAGGGUUAGGGUUGUUUCAGGGUCAGGGCCAGGGCCCAGUGUUAGGGUUGUUUUAGGGUCAGGGCCAGGGCCCAGGGCUAGGGGUGUUUUAGGGUCAGGGCCAGGGCCCAAAGUUAGGGUUGUUUUAGGGUCAGGGCCCAGGGUUAGGGUUUUAGGCUCAGGGCCAUGGCCCAGGGUUAGGGUUUUAGGCUCAGGGCCAGGGCCCAGGGUUAGGGUUUUAGGCUCAGGGCCAGGGCCCAGGGUUAGGGUUUUAGGGUCAGGGCCAGGGCCCAGGGUUAGGGUUUUAGGCUCAGGGCUAGGGCCCAGGUUUAGGGUUUUAGGUUCGGGGCCAGGGCCCAGGGUUCGGGUUUUAGAGUCAGGGCCAGGGCCCAGGGUUAGGGUUUUAGGCUCAGGGCCAGGGCCCAGGGAUAGGGUUUUAGGAUCAGUGCCAGGGCCCAGGGUUAGGGUUUUAGGGUCAGGUCCAGGGCCCAGGGUUAGGGUUUUAGGGUCAGGGCCAGGGCCCAGGGUUAGGGUUUUAGGCUCAGGGCCAGGGCCCAGGGUUAGGGUUUUAGGCUCAGGGCCAGGGCCCACGGUUAGGGUUUUAGGCUCGGUGCCAGGGCCAAGGGUUAGGGUUUUAGGGUCAGAGACAGGGCCCAGGGUUAGGGUUUUAGGGUCAGGGCCUGGGCCCAGGGUUAGGUUUUUAGGGUCAGGGCCCAGGGUUAGGGUUUUAGGGUCAGAGCCCAGGGUUAGGGUUUUAGGGUCAGGACCCAGGGUUAGGGUUUUAGGGUCAUGGCCCAGGGUUAGGGUUUUAGGGUCAGGGCCUGGGCCCAGGGUUAGGGUUUUAGGGUCAGGGCCCAGGGUUAGGGUUUUAGGGUCAGGGCCCAGGGUUAGGGUUUUAGGGUCAGGACCCAGUGUUAGGGUUUUAGGGUCAUGGCCCAGGGUUAGGGUUUUAGGGUCAGGGCCCAGGGUUAGGGUGAUUUCCAGGAAGUGACCUCACAGUGACUCAAGCUACCACUUACUGUUGAUUGUGAUGAAAUGCCAGCUGAGGCACAUGCCUUGGGGGCUAAGUGGUUGCUGCCCUUGACUACUAUGAAGACUGGUGUGGGAAGGGUCGCUUUGGAUGCACUUGAGCAGGGGUCCCCAACCCCUGAGCCAUGGAGCCGUAAGGAGCCACACAGCAGGUGAGUGGUGUCGAGUGAGGGAGUGAGGGAAGCUUCGUCUGUAUUUACAGCCACUCCCCUUUGCUCACAUUCCCGCCUGAGCUCCACCUUCUCAGAUGAGCAGCAGCAUUAGAUUCUCAUAGGAGAACGCACCCUGUUGUGAACCGUGCAUGUGAGGGAUCUAGGUUGCGCUGUUCUUAUGAGAAUCUAAUACCUAUUGAUCUGUCACUUUCUCCCAUCACGCUCAGGUGGGACCAUCCAGUUUCAGGAAAACAAGCUUAACACGCCCACUGAUUCUACAUUAUGGUGAGUUCUAUAAUUAUUUUAUUAUAUAUUCCAGUGUAAUAAUGGAAAUGAAGUGCCUAAUAAACGUAAAUGUGCUUAAAUCUUCUGGCCCAGCUCCUACCUCCCGGCAGCCUCGCCAGGCCCAGAACUCUCUCCAGUCAGCCUCUACAGACCAAGCUCAUGACUCACAAUGGCCUAUUUAGGCCCAUACCCUACCUCACGGCAGUCUCCGCAGAUGAGCCUACUGCCUCACAACAGCCUCCACAGGCACAGCUCCAUCGUUACAAUGGCCUCUUUAGACCCAGCUCCUGCCUCCCAGCCUUCUCUCCAGGCCCUGAACUUUCUCCGUAAGUUGAGGUAGCUGGGACUGUAGGUAUCCAUGACGAUACUUGGCUAAUCUUUAAAUGUUUUGCAGACAUGGGGUCUCACUUUGUUGGCCAGGCUGGUGUCAAACUAAUGGCCUCAAGUGACCCUUCCACCCCUGCCUCCCAUCCUUGAGGUAUGUGCCACCACAAGGGGCACUUGUUCAAUUUUCUAAAGAAAAAAUUUCCAAAGUAAGGCUGUGGGAUGAUGGCAGGAAGAUAAAAGAAAAACAGAAGAAUAAGUUAAUAUGACUUAUUCACACAUAUUCUUUUGACAGCAAGAAGAAUUUUUAGUAUAUACAUUCCUUACAAACAAACAAACGGCAGAUAAACAAUGUUGUAUAGGAACUUCAACACACACUGUACAAUAUUCCCACUUUGCUGACAUAAGUUAUGGAAAUUUUGUGGUUUCCU